AUGCUAAGUUCCGUUUUCAGCCUAAUUCGCCCUCUGCUUCGGCUCAAGAAAGGCGAUAUUAUGCUGCCAAAUCCUGUUGUAUUCUUGUUUCUAUUUGCCGAGCUCUCGAGCAGUGUGAGGCGAAGCCAUGAAUGGACUGAGGGGGAGGCAAUGGAGCUGCUCCUGAGAGCGAAGGAGAGAGCUCACAGAGAUGCCGAGGGAGACCGUGCAGAUGUUCGUGAACGCAUCUCCAAGUGCGGAGGGAACCUAGACCAUAUGGCAGAAGAGUUGAUGGAUGCCUUUGUCAAAGAAGCACAAAGUGCACCUUUGACCAUCAAUUUUGAUGCUGCUCGCUACGUGAAAGUAGCAGAACAGAAUCAGGGUAUCGCGGCCGAUCAGUUCAAUGCUAAUGUCAUGAACCUCUGGCAGCUAGCUCUUCUGCCGCAUUCCCCACUAGGGGAUCGAGGCAUCAGAGACCGUCAAGAUUACAGCUAUGCCAACCAACGCUAUGACACGGAAAAGUGGCUUUGGGGCUUUACCAGUGCACCUGAAAGUUGGAGCAAUGCUGGAGAGAGGCCUCUGAGUGUCGGAUUGGGGGUCUUUGAAGCAGCUCACCUUAAUGGAGUAGCAGUCUCAUUGACCUACGGCUCUUCAGCCCUUUUCCUGUCUCCCAAACUCCGGGAGCGUAUGACUCUCAUAGGAAAAGACGCCAAAGUGGCCUUCGCAGAUCUCGGAAUGCCCAAAGACUAUGAUGCCAGCUUCCCGGAGUGGGAGCCCUGGAAGCCACGACCAGCUCCGAAGCCGACAGAUCCCAUCCUGCAAAUCCCCAAGUUGGAAGCUGCGGGAGGAUUGCCUUACGUGGGCACUUUUGACAACCCCUUAGCAGCACUCAAGACCGUAUCGUGCUCAUUGCUGAGACGGUGGGCCGACUACGUAGCCUCUGGUACGGAUGUGAAGGCAUCAAGCCGAUUUGAAUAUCUCGAGGCCAAUAUCUUUGGGGGCGUUCGCUUUGCUGAAGAUGUUGAGAAGGCAGUCGUGAAUAUAGAGACCUUCAGCCCCCCUGAAGACAUUACCGCGCUGGAUUUGACGAACAAAACCCUUGCGUUGCAAACUGUUUGGAACAAGCUUAAUGUCACGACGCAAACUUCACUGAAAAACUCAUCUUGGUGUGGGAUGUGGCGUCUUGGCCGUGAAAGGAACAUUCGACGUUUGUCCUGGUGCAUUGCCGUCGAGAUCUCCGAGUGCAUUCGGGAAGUCGACGCGACAGAUGAUUUGUCCUGUUUGGCUUGA